GGCCAGGGGUUAGGCUAAACUAUCGCAAAAGCCCUGACUUCAUGGCUUGUUCUUUGCCAGUCUCACUGGGUAUCUCGUACUAUAAAUGUAUAGACCCUUACAAUGAUCAAAGGAAAGACAAACUUGUGUGCCGCCAUUCCUGCUAUAUGAAUGACGUUCUGAAAAGACAAAUUGAACUGCGCUUCAAGGUGUCAAAGGCAUCCAAAUGUUUGAUUCUGUUUAGCUGUUGCUUCCUUGGGCUCAAGCCAAAGGCUGCAACACUCACAGCAGAACCCGGUCAGUGCCGUCAUGGCGCGACGCCAGAGAUGCAUCGCCGCAUCGCUCCCGGCACUCGUCAGUCUCCUCGCUCUCCUCGUCGCGGUCUGGGCCAAUGCGCUGACGACCUCUUUCGCCAUUCCCACCGGAUUUCUGAGGCACGUCUCUCCAACCUCCGGACGGAUGGCCACCAACGUUGGAGGAACGAUGAUUUCUUCAUCACUGACACUAGCCUCAGGAGGCGUUGUUCUGGCUCUUAGCCUUUUGCCCAGAAGAUCAAGCACCUCCCAGACCCUGAGAGGGGCGAAAGGCGAGGCAGAGGGGAAGAUUAAGCUCUUUUCCCCUGCGAAAGUGAAUCUUUUUCUACGGAUUAUCCGAAGAAGGCCAGAUGGCUAUCACGACUUAGCAUCGUUGUUUCACACGGUGGCGUUCAGUGAUAGCCUAGAAAUCAAGGUCCUGCCGGAUGCUGAGAAGGACGCUUUGGAGUGCAACUUACCCGGAGUGCCGGUGGACGAGUCCAACUUAGUCAUUCGAGCCUUGAAGCUCUUCCGCGAAAAGAGCGGCAUCGAGCGCUUCUUCGGGGUGAAACUGGAAAAGCAAAUCCCUGCACAGGCAGGAAUGGGUGGCGGAAGCAGCAAUGCAGCCACCGCUUUUUUUGGUGCCAACCUACUUUGUGGCAGCCCAGCCUCGCCAGAGGACCUGAUCCGUUGGGGCGACGACCCAGUGAUCGGCUCCGAUGCCACCUUUUUCCUCUCAGAAGGAACCGCCUACUGCACUGGAAGAGGUGAAAUUGUAACGCCCAUCGAAGGGCUGCCCAUCAAGGAAGGCUUGAGUGUUUAUUUGGUGAAGCCCAACUAUGGGCUCUCCACCGGGAAAGUCUUUAAGGCCAUGGACCUGUCGGCGCUGAGCACCGUCGACCCUGAGGAGCUGCUUCAGACCUUCAAAGACAAGGGAACUUCCCACAGCUCCUGGGUCAACGACUUGGAGAAGCCAGCUUUCACGGUCUCUCCUGAUCUCAGCGAGCUUAAAGAUUUCCUGGCCACCGAGUGGGGCUUCGAGGCGGUGCUCAUGUCUGGUUCGGGCAGCACCAUUUUCUGCCUGGGAGAUCCUUCCGGCGGGUCCCAGGACUUCGAGGCAGCCACGAAGGAGAAGUUUGACAUCGAAGGCAUUUGGAAGACGAGCUUCAUGCGCCGGCCCAGCCCUACUGAGUGGUACCAAGAGGUCUAAGCUGCUGGGCUGAGUGAAGUGAGUGGAAGAAGGUCGAGGAGUUUGAGACCACCCCCUCCUGUAGAAGUACAGACUGACUGUAGCCGCAUCGGCUGGAUGUCUAUCGGUUUCAUAGAAAUGAUAAUUUCAAUACGCUGCGCAACCAGUUGCAGCGAUUCUUUUCCUAUCGAGUCGCCAUGGUGGUUCAAUGGAGAAAAAUGCUGCGAGUGGACAAAACAGUGACUGGCUGUUGCAG